GAAAUAAGAAAAAAAGAAAUUGAAGAAAAGUUGUGUGAUGUUAAAAAACGUAUCGAAUCAAUAACUCAAGGAAAACAAGCCAGAUUAGUCGCAGUUAGUAAACUUAAACCAGUAACAGAUAUUCGUUUGGCUUAUGAACUUGGACAAAGACACUUCGGUGAAAAUUAUAUACAAGAAUUAGUUGAAAAAAGCGAAAAGUUACCAUCAGAUAUUCAUUGGCAUUUUAUAGGAACAUUACAAAGUAAUAAAUGUAAAAUGCUAGCAGGAAUACCAAACUUGUGGGUGGUAGAAACAAUGGAUAGUAUAAAAAAAGCGGAUUUAAUGAAUAAAGCAUGUGCAUCAAGAAAUGAUAAGUUAAAAGUAUUUCUUCAAGUGAAUACAAGUGGUGAAGAAUCCAAAAGUGGGAUUGAACCAGGAGAAUGUUUAGACGUAUUAAAUCAUAUUCAAGAUAAUUGUAAUAAAUUAGAAUUAAUGGGUUUAAUGACUAUUGGAGCUCUUAAUAGAGAUUAUUCUAAUGAAAACCAACCAAAUCCUGAUUUUGUAUUGUUGAGUAAUUUAAAGGAAGAAUUUAAGAAAGCAAGAGGAAUUGAGUUAGAAUUAAGUAUGGGAAUGUCCAAUGAUUUUGAAGAGGCUUUGAAGUUAGGCGCUACUAAUGUUCGUAUUGGAAGUACUAUUUUUGGUUCAAGA